AUGAUUGACGUGCAGGUGAAUCCGGAACCAACCGCCCAUCUUUUUGCUCCACCGCCGAAUGGCGAGUACGAUCCCAAGCAGAUUCAAGAACUCGAGGAGAAGAUCGCUAUCCUCCAGAUGGUGAGUCUGGUUUUCGAAUCUGAAGUUCUUAUUUUUGAACCUCUGAAGAAAUAAUUUUGAGGGCUUACCAAUCGACUGGUUGGUUCGUGCCAAGACAGUCAGCGACCUGGAAACGGUGAUUCACCUGAGCCAACUGCAGGAACGAUGGGCCUACGCCAGCACGAAAGUCGUCGCUAAAAUUCUUCAGGUUUUUUUUUGGAAAGAUAAUGGAAAAUGAAAGUUAAUUUCGCGAAACAGGACCACGAACGAAAUGGAGGUGAAGUUAUUCCUGAAAACGACCCACCGGAGAGUCUUUCGCGCAGAAACUCGAGCGAGUGAGACUUUAUUCCCGAAUAUUCCACUCGAAAAGCUAUUUUGCAGCGGUUUGGACAGCGACGAGAUGGUGGCCUUCAUCACGCGGCUCAUGAAUUUGAUCCAAGUUGAAACGGUCAUUUGGGACAAGGAAGGCGACGCGCGUCACGGCUUUCAUCGACCGAUGCGGCAAGCCUGGUUCAACAUCUCGUUGAAACUCGGCGGCUGGGGCACCAUUCCACACGUUCAGAUGCUCAAAUCGGUCUUUAUUUCAAUAAUUUCCUAUUUUAUUACUUUUAAAAAAUGAAGCAAAAAAGGUCCGAAGCCAUAAAAAGAUGACUCGGGAGAAAAAUCAAAUCGCGAAGUUCACACUUUUUCUGACCUUAUAUUGAGUCCGUUAUGAAUAAAAGAAAAUUUGAAUGACGAAAAAAAGCCAAAAAUUUUCAUUUCUUGACCAUAAACUUUUUAUUUUAAUUUAGAAAUAAUACAAACGUAUUCUAGUUUUUCUCUUCAAUAGUUGUUUUUUUCAGAUCUACCGCCGAAAACGUGACCAGUACAAUGGGGAAUAUUUGCGAGGUUCUCGGCCCACCUUCCAGUAUGUCGAGUGAGUUAAUCAUUUUUCAAUUUGUUCGGAGUGGAAGAGGAUAGUAUAAAAAAUUUAUAACGAGAAUUCCAGACAAAUGUCGUUCCUGAGCAACAUUGUCGAACGUCACACGAUGCGAGAUCUCUCAAAGAAAGAUAUUUCCCUGAAAGAAUACAUCCAGUUGACGGCACCGGGAUACAAGUAUCAAGCAGAACUGAGCGGGGCUUCCAAAGAAAUAAAAAAAGAACGUUGAGGUAAAAAAAAAUUUUUUUCUCAAGGAAAAAAAUAAUCUAAUUUUUAUAUCAAGAUAAUAAAUAAUUUUAGUUCUCUCGAGGAGAUGAUCAUGAAGGCCAAAAAAUCCUUCUCGGGAGAAAAGUUUGCCGAGUACCUGACGGCGUGCUGCAACAGUGUUCUCGAAUAUCGCGAAGGAAGCGCCUUGCGUGGACUCACCGACGAGGAAUGGAAAGGAUCUUCCGGCAAGAAAAAGGCUAAGCAGGAGUUGAACGUCAAGUCGGAGCCUGAAGACGAAGACGAGGAAGAUGAAGACGAAGAUGAAAAUGAAGACGAAGAAGACGAAGAGGGUGAAGAAGAAGGAGUAGAAGAAGUGAAGGAUGGAGAAGAGAAAGAUCGAAGAUGCGCUCAUUAACGAAGAAACCGACAGCGAGACGUCGCCAGUUUCUGCCAAAAACUCGAGAAAACGCGUGAGUUGAGACAUUCCGAUCUUUCGGAGAUUCUUCCUGAUUAAAAAUGUAGAGAUCAAAAAAAUUUUCAAAUGAAAAAUGAGCAGGUGUUUUUGUUUCGUGGAAAUAAAAUACUUUUUCAAACUUCAAAACCACUCAUUCUUCUUUGAAAGUCAGCUGUCAAAAAGGAAUGUAAUUUAAAAAAAUCCCCAUAAAGCUUAAGAAAAAUCAUUUUUUUCCUUUUGCGUUGUCGAAUAAAUUAAAUUUUUAAAUUAGAAAAAAAUGACCGCAUAUAGAGAUUAAUGUGAGAGUAAAAAUAAUUCUCGCGGGGAAAAAUCAAACGAAAAAGAAGUGUUUUUCCAGCCGCGUUCGGCUAGACUGGCUGCGCGAGUUGAAGGUCAUCGCAGAUCUUCGAGAAUGAGCCUCGACACUUCUUCCAGCUCCGUCGUCAGCCUUUCUUCCUUUGACGAACCGUCGCCCAAACUUUCGGUUCGUUAUUUUUUACGUACAUUUCUCGUUUUUAUUGAUUGACAUUUCUGCAAGUUUGAAAAAUAUCCCUUUUUUUAAUCAAAUUUCUUUCUAUUUUCGUGAGACAACUUUUUAAACCCAAGUUUUUACGAGAAUCUAAUAACGAACGUUUCAGUGUCUGCAAGACGGACUCUUCAGUGAUUGCUGAGCGGACCCCGUCCUUUUUCUAUUUCAUCCUAGCCCAAUCUUUAUGUUGUUAUUUUUGGGUUCUAUCAAUUCAUUGUAUUUUUCAUUUUGUUUUUAAUUCAUGACCGUUGUUAAGGCUUGUUUGAAAAAAACUUUUUAUCUGUUUUUUUAUUUGUAAUAACUUUAUCAUUAUCAUAAAUAUCCUUUGACUAAUAUUCCUUAUAUUUCAUGAACCAUUUUUUCGCCUCCCAGAAAAAUAAUUUUUUUUUGCAGUUUUGAAAAUAAUUUUCCGUUUGAUGUUGUUUUUUUUCUGCGGCGAUAAACUCGAUUGAUUUCCGAGCUCUGUUUUUUUUUUUGCUUUUUUUUCAGAUUUGAAAUUCUCUAAUAUUUCGUGGUGAAUACGUGUAUUUCAAAGGAACUGUACAGGAAAAUUGAAAAAAAAAAAUGAAACAAAAAUUGACAGUGUUUAACAAGUAAAAAAGUCAUUAAGAACGUUCGUUCGAAAUUUGACUCACAAAAUCCUGUUUCUGAAGGUUCAUCACUAAAGGAUGAUUCAUUUUGUUAGGAAAAUCUUUGAAUUUCUCGCAAAUCUCAAUUCACCGAGUCACGUUUGAUGUUUACCGAAGACUUGAAGGAAAAUCAUUUAAAAACCAUCGUUGGCUUCUUAAUUACCAAUGCUUGCAAUUUUUUUCACUUUCAGUAUUUACCUGAGAAGUUCUAAUAAUUUUUCUCCAAUCGGCUCAGCUUAAUUUAGAAGUUUAACAAUAUGAACUGUUUUUCGGAUAAGUAGAGAGAGUUUGGUUUUUCAUAACAGCUGAGACUCGAAUAGUGUAACAAUUCGACCGGUUGGAAACAAACAAACUUUUUCUCAAGAAAUUUGUGCGCGUUUGUUUUCUUCGUUAAUACAUUUGCUUCAAACCAAUUUUAUGGAAUAAAACUUUACAAUAUUAUUUUUCCAGAUGAAGGUUCUUCUUCUGCUUUUUCAUCAUUUCUUCGAUUGGCAAGUCAAAUCGAAUUUUUUUCCCUGGAAAAGUUUAAUUUUUUUAGCGUUGGCAGCUGUGAUCACAACCACCGAGAAACCUGCACCCAAGCGUGUGUUUUUUUAAAUUUUUGAAUAGUAAAUCAUAAUUUUUCCAGCGAGCUGCCCGAAAAAAAUGCCGAGUACCGUGAAUGUACAAACAUUUGUCCACCAAAAAGCUGCGAAAAACUUUUUUUGCAAGUCGGUUUUAUCAAGAAGUUUUUUUCAAAUUAUUUAUUUGUACAAUAUGUUUGAAAAACCCUUUCUGGAGUUUUUUUAGAGGUUUUUUUCGAAGGGACAGAAAAGUAACAUCAAAAAAAACGAAUAAGCCAAGCAGAUUAGAACUUUAUGUCAGAAUAUCGACGAAAUCGAUAUAUUUGAACUCGAAAAUUAAAAAAAUAGAAUAAAUGCAGAUUCAAAAGUCGCGAACCUGGAAUCUAUGGUCUUUUCCCCAGACUCCAAAUUGCUUGAGGUCCUAACGACGAUAUUAAGGUUUCGGCGUGCUUCUCCUUGCGCUGCGGACCUCCGGGAUGCAUGUGCGAAGAAGGCCAUGUACUUCUGACUGGCGCAGAUGCUCAGAAAGGCUGCGUCCGCCGUGAAGUUUGCAGGUAUUCUUUUUGCCAAGUGAUGAGAAUAAUAGACAAAUCUCAAAAGUCCUCUUCUUAUCCUUCUCUUUUUCAGCAAGCUGCAGAAAAUCCACAACACCCAGCAAAAGCUGGAAACUCCCGAAAACUGA